AUGAUCGCAAUUCAAUUAGAUCGUAAACGCGUCGCAAAAUCUCUUAACUGUAAUUUCGAAGGUGGAGAUCCUUCUACUUUUAUAUUUUAUAUGACGCCUGUUAAAGAGUAUGGUUUUGAUCAUAUCAUUCUCAUCGGAGAACAAUACGCUGGAAUUCUUUUUCUGGACUGCUACGGUCGUGUGUUCGAAUGGGGCUCAAUGUGUAAUGUUUUACGGGUGAUUGGGGAUUUUUGGAGUGAGGUGAAAAAAGAAUCUCGGACUACGCGUAUAUUUUGGGGUUUAGAGUUCGAUGGAACUAUUGAUGAAUAUGAGGACGUAUAG